ACCAGCUGAUUGACUUCAAAUCUUGUAAUAAAUAGUAACAAACUGGUCGUCAGUCGAGAGCGAAAGGCCAAUACUCGCAGUUGAAUACUGUGACAUUAGAGCACCUUUUAGUUGUUUUUGUGUAUGCAGGCUGUCGCUGUAGCUUUUGUUAGAGGUUGAUGACACAGUGGUGUCCGAGCCGGUCCUUAUAGUAGGAAUAGUAGUUCAAUAAUCGGCGCGAGUCGAAAGGAUAUGGCAAUGUUGCGAACACAGGCACUCGUCAAGGUUUUGUCGCAGGCAAAUACUGGUGGAGUUAUCAGCACACUGUUACUCAACUCUGAAGGUGUUCUUAUGGCAUACGCUGGAUAUGCCGAAAGAGAAGCGAAAACAACAGCAGCUCUGCUAAGUUCAGUAUGGGGGCUUAACGAGCAGGAAGGCAAGGGGGGACUCAAUGACGAUCGUUUACGACAAGUGAUCAUUGAACUAGAGGAAGGAUGUGUGUUGAUCACUCCUGUUGCUGGUUUAUUGUUAUGUCUGUGCGCUUCGAAGGAUGUCGACGCUGGUAUGAUUCGAGCUAAGGCCCACGCAUUAACUUUGCAUCUCGAAGGACCUCUUUUGCAAAUCGGCAACUCGUAACUGCCAAAUGAAAAAAAAAAGAUUAUUCAAAUGCAGGUUUUCGGUGUCCAGAUUAUGCCUUAGCAAAAGCAUCCCAUGGACCUACAAUAUUAUUCAAUUUUAAACGGAGCCUCAACUGUUCAACUGAUGAACUUAAAUUCCAACUGCGACGAAUGACAAAAAGCCAUGAUACUACAUAAGUGUGAGAUGGCCACGCAGCUUGUACUCUAAGCAAGUGCUCUGAAGAGCCUACUUGUUUAGUGCUUCUUUCAAUAUCGAAUAUAUUUAUAGAUAAUGUAUGAUUAGAAACAUCGAAGUCGGCGAUUAAAUAUGCAUGAUAGAUUGCCUUAAGCACAAAACUACGUAAUGCAAUAAUCACACCUAUUAAUCCAAAGACGAACCAGAUUCGCCUGGUUUACGGUUAUAAGUGGCAGCGAUUUCGUCUUAGUAUUUUGUAAAAUAUUAAAAUAAAUUACCAGUGUAUUAUCAGAAGUUUGGUAGGACGAAGUAGGUAUCCGCUAUUUAUUAUUCUAGUGAAUAAUACCGUUCGCAUCAUAGCAUGAUACUAUUCAUGUCGUUGGCUAUGCCAAACAAUGGAGCCCGUUAGUAAUUACAUUCGCGCAACUUCGAUUAUUUCAGAAAAUCUAUAGCAACAGCAAUUUAUUAAAAAUAUGUUGUCCGACGCGAUCACAAUUUUGCUUCGCUGUUCAGAAGGUCCACAGUUUAACUUUUCGGCUGAAAUUACCACUGUAGCUUAUAUUUUGCAUGGCACGUCGGCUUAUUUGUGCUUUUGCGCCUUUUCAGCUGCACGCGAUAAUUGACUGCUUAAAUAAUUGUAUCUUCUAAUAUACAAAUACCUGAGAAACCGAUCAUUAAAGAACUCUGCUGAAUCCUGAAUACUUCCUUAUCCCUUUAAGUAUUACUUCUGUGUAGCUCGUUGCUCCUGGGUAACCCGUGCACUGCUUCCACUAAUGAACUGGUAUUGUAGGGCAUAAAAUACAGUUUUUGUUAAUUUAGGGUUACCGCAAAUAAGAGCUGGAAGAAGCAGGGCUUGGCUGUGUUGUUACUAUAUAUCUUGCAUGAACUUGAAUCAUUGACGUAUCGGAUAGCUUGUGCAGGAUAUACUUUUUUCAGGAACUGCGCUCAACGGUAGCCUAAUUAAUGUCUAAUUAUUACCUGUGUUUUCCUUGUGUUAGAUAAUGUUUAACCUCUCCAUCGAUUUAUCCGAAAUUCAUUUCCCAUAAAGAUUAUUAUUAUUAUUUUAUAGUCAAUGAAAGAAUGAUUUUGAGAAGUAGAAACUCGGAAAGGCCCGGCUGGGUUCUGUUUUGCUCCAAAAACAGACGUUAUGUCUCAAACAUAUUAAAUAUAAUUAGUCCUCCUUAAUCCUGAACUUCCUGGUAACCUUACGGAUUAAUUCUUCCUUGUUAAGCAUUACAUAGAAUACUUUGUCAAUGCCUUCGACAUCCUGUGACCAAAUUUGAUUUAUUUUAUGAAAAGUUAUGAAAAUUCAACUAUUUCUAUUAAAAUUUUCAUAUAAUCAGUGAGUAAAAUUUCGGUACUCUCCGAUCAGUUAUUAUCAUUUACUCAUGGAACGAUAACGUUGAAUUUCAGUUACAUGUAAAGAUCUUUAGCUCUUCAAUCAAGGCAGUUGCUGUCACGCACUAUUUUCCUGAGAUAGUUAUAUACACUUCAGAGAAUAUUAAUAAUUUAUGUUCUCUAAUGGUUCUGCGUAGAUCUUCUAGAGAGGAGGGAGAAGGGGGGCUAACCCAUCGUGACAAAAAGCAGUCUGCGAGUUUAUCUUUAAGUGCUUGUCACAUAUAAAUUUUUACCAUACUGACUUGACCCCACGGAGCUCCCUCCCUUCCCUACAAUUAGGUCCUCUGCUUAUUGCUAUUUGACAAUCCGACGACGAUCGUCUCAACCUGCGUUCUCGGUUUGCUGCCAUCAAAGAAGAUUUCUCGUUCACUAGAGUGAAUUAGUAUUUUUUUGUUUGCUAUGCUUCGAUUUGAUUUUUGAACCUCAAUAUUGUAUCGUAGUAUUGCGCCUCAAAUCAAUCAUCACUUAUUCUUAAGAAAGAAAGGCCGCUUUCUACUCGAGAGUAAUUUUUACGGAUGUAAUUGUUUAAACCGGAUUAUAAUUCAAUAACAGUAGUUAACUUGAGACAAUUUUUUCAUUCCACAAAAGUGACCUACAACCAUUGUAUGUACAAAAUAUAUAUGCCGCUACAAGAUCCUGA